AUGUCAUUUCUAAUGAUUUUAAAAUCAAUGUCUCGAAAAACGACACUUGAUGUCGAGCUAGAUAUCUUUGCUGAAGAAACCAAUGAUCACUGGAAGUUCGAAAAUUCUACAUUUAGUGACAUAUUUCAAAAUGGUUUUGAUUAUCCUGGUACAAUGAACAAUAAUAUACUUGAAUCGAAAAGUGGCCACCAUCGUAUGAUCGGAUGGAAUAAUGGCAAUCAUCAUAUGCUCGGAUCGUAUAGUGGCAGUACAUGA